ACCCAUGACUCCUGCUCUGACACCACCGCCACCCGCCCUGCCCGGCGUUAGGGCGUUGUUCAACACGCUCGAUCCCACGCCGUGCCGCGUCAAGCGGAGGUGGCGCCUGACGAGUCGCGUGCUUGAAGGCCGCGCUACAGGGGUUCUUGAUUUCGUUGGCAUUCUAAGCUUCCGCGGCCUGAAGCCGCGGUUUUCUGCUGCAGGAGGCGUAGGGUAACACGAGAUAGCUAUCCAGACGCCUCUGCUUCGGAGUCUCUGAUUCUUGCCUCUAUUUCUUAAAGCCGAAAUACUCUAGCUGUCGCUGUUUCCCGGCGGAAAUUGUCGGAUCCCUCGUAGAAACGUUUCGAUUCCUGCCCAUUUAGAUCGGAUCUGCUUCGUCGACACGUUCGGCUGACCACAGAAGAUGACGUCACCAGGAUUCCGCAAUUCUUUCAAGUCCGAUCCCGCACCCGCUUCCCUGUCCGCCGCCUCGUCUCCCUCCCCCGCCCCUGGCUCCCCGCUGACAUCCCUCGCUCCCCGCUCCUCCGCGCCCUCCUCCUCUCUCCCCGCCGGCUCACCCGCCGAUAUUUUCGCGGCUAUUGAAAGGCGAUCUGUCUUCGCGCUUGACGCCGCAAUCUCCGCAUGGCGCCAGCGCACGGGCGGCGCGGAGGGGCCCUCCGCGCAUGGCGGCGGUGCCGCUGCCGCCGCCGAAGCGGCACGGAUGGGGUGCGACGAGGCGCUCAGCGGGCUGCGAUCGGGUCGCGGGGUGACGGUGCUGCACGCGGCGGUGUGGCAAAACCACGUGGGCGUGGUGGAGCGACUGCUGGAACUGGGCUGCGACCCCGACACUGCGGACGGCGAGUCGGGGUGGACGGCCCUGCACCGCGCGUGCCACUUCGGCCACUGGGCCGUGCUGGGCCGCCUCCUCGCGCACGGCGCCUCGCUCUUCGCGCUCGACGCGCUGGGCCGCACGCCGCUGCAGCUGCUGCCGCUACCGCUGCCACAAGCUCGUGACACCACCGGCACUGUCGCCUCCGCUCUCCCCUUCGUCGGCGAGCUUCCCGCUGUCCCUCCGCGCGAGUCCACCUUCCCCCCGUCCGCCGAGCCCCCCCCGCGCGCCUCUCUUGGCGGCGCAGCCCCCCCCGUGGGCGCACAGGUGCAGGCGGAGGUGUUUUCGUGGGGCAACGGUGCGAACUACCAGCUGGGCACGGGCUCCACGCGCAUUCAGCGCAUCCCCGCACGCGUUGACGGACUGGUGCCGCCUACUUGCCCGCCCAGUGCGGUCCCUGCUGCUGGCAGCAGCAGCAGCAGCAGUGCUGGUGGUGACACUCCGCCGGCCUCAUCUGCUGCCGCUGCUGCUGCUGCUGCUGCGAGUAGCGGGGAUGAAGGCGCCGGUUCCUCCUCGCCUUCCGUGUGCCCUGCAACAGCCACUGCGCCCGCACCUGCCCCAGCGCCACCGUCAACACCACUACCAGCAGCGGCAGCGGCAGCGGCAGCAGGGCCGGCGGCGGCAGUGGUGGCGGUGGCGGCGGGUCGAUUCCACAGCGCGGCGGUGACGGCGCGGGGGGAGCUGUUCACGUGGGGCUUUGGGCGAGGGGGCAGGCUGGGGCACCCGGACUUCGACGUGCACAGCGGGCAGGUGGCGGUGAUUCUCCCCCGGCGCGUGAUGGCGGGCGUGGGCGGGCGCGCAGUGCGCGUGGUGGCGGCCGCGAAGCACCACAUGCUCGCCGCCACCGCCACUGGGGAGCUCUACUCGUGGGGGUCCAACCGGGAGGGGCGUCUGGGGUACCCAGCAGUGGACUCCCAGCCAACCCCUCGGCGCGUGGCGGCCCUGCGGCAGCGAGUGGUGGCGGUGGCAGCAGGCAACAAGCACAGCGCGGCUCUUACAGCGGCGGGGGAGGUGUUCACGUGGGGGUGCAACACGCACGGGCAGCUGGGGUACGGCACCACCAACAGCACGUCCAGCUGCACUCCAAGAAUCGUGGAUCACUUCAAGGGCAGGGCCAUUGCUGCUGUGGCCGCGGCCAAGAGGCACAGCGUGGUCGUCACGGGCGAUGGGGAGGCAUACACGUGGGGCCAUCGCCUGGUGACGCCGCGGCGAGUCAAGGUGGAGCGGGACGUGCGCAAGGCAGGUGGCGCUGCUGCUGCUGGCAGCGGCGGCGGCAGCAGCGGUGGCGGUGGCGGUGGCGGUGGCGGUGGUGGCGGUGGUGGCGUGAUUCGGUUCCACCAGCAGGGCCGGCUGCAGCUGUCGGCGGUGGCGGCGGGCAUCAUGCACACCACCGUGCUGUCGCGCGACGGACUUGUGUUCUACUGGCACUCUCAGGACCCCCACCUCAAGUGCCACCAGCUGCUGUGUCUGGCGGACCAGCAGGUGGUGGCGGUGUCAGCAGGCAAGUUCCGCACAGCGGUAGUGACGGCCAGCGGCAGCGUGUAUGUGUGGGACGCCACGGAUAGAGACACGCCCGCUGCUACUCCUGCCACUGCUGUCACUCUGGCGGUGGGAGGGGCAGGAGGGAUAGGAGUAGGAGGAGAGGGAGGAGGGGGAGGCACAGGCACAGCAGCUGCUGCAGCAGCAGGUUGCGGUUCAGUCUCCUCGUUCCCAGCUUCUCUUUCCUCCUCUGCUGUGUCAGCGGCUGCUUCCACCACGCCAGUGCGACCAAGCGCCGGCACCAGUGCGGGCACAGACUCAGCUGCGGCGACGGCUGCGUCGCCUGUGGUGCAGCGUGUGCCGGGCAUUUGCCAGGCGGCGGCAGUGGCCGUGGGCGAGCUGCACUCUCUUGCUGUCGCACAUGUGCUGCUGCCACCUCUCCCGCUGCCCUCCCCUCCCCACGCCGCCCUGCCUGCUGAAUUGCCUGGGGCGGCUGGAGCUGUGGGCGUGGAGGGUGGGCGAGCAGGGGAGCGAGGAGGUGGGGCGAGGGGAAGGGCUGUGGUCGUGGAGGAGGGAGGGGAGCCGGACGAGCACGAGGAGGAGGAGGAGGAAGGGGAGGCGUUGUGGGGAGGAAUGAGGCGGAGAGGCUGGGCAGGCGUAGAGAGGGGAGCAGGCGCGGGGGAGGAGACGGUGGGGGAAGGCAUGGACGCAAGUGGGGCCACUGAAGGCGAUGUGCGGGGCGGAGCAGGCGAAGUGGCAGGGGUGGGGUUGGGGUUGGGGUUGGGGUUGGGGCAGGGGUGGGUGGCGCCACUGAAGGCGAUGUGCGAGGGGGUGAUAGCGGCGCACCUGGUGGACGUGCGCAACGUGCUGGCCGUGCUGGCUGUCGCGGACGCUGUGGACGCCCCCCUGCUCACGCCCUACUGCCAGGACCUAGCGCUCACCAAUCUGGCGUUCAUCGCCACAGUGGCGCCCCAGCAGCUCGCCCUCUGCCCGCCCCACGUGCUCGCCAACCUCGAAGCCGCCUCCCGCGCACGCUCCUCCUCCGCCUCUGCUUCCCCUGCGCCCCCCUACAGCUCCUCGCUGCUGCCUCUCUCGCGCGCUCUGCCCACGCCCACAGCGCCCAACGAGCCUGUGCUCUAUGGGGAGGAGGAGGAGGAGAAGGGCGAGCAGAGCGCGCAAGAGGAGCUAGACCUUGAGCAACAGCAGCACAGCUUGCUGCCGAACUAUCAGCAGUGGCAGCACCAGCAGUACACAGACCACCUGUAUCCCUCGCAGCAUGCGACCCAUGUCUCUGAAUCCACCCCCCAUGCCACUGCGCACGCCACCAGCACCACUUGCCAUGCCACCCCCUCCCCCCACCUCGCCUCUGCCCUCCACAUGGCUCGCCAUACCUCCCUCCCCCUCUCCGGCCACCCUUUAAGCACAGUCCUCCCUCCAGGCCUUACCGCAGGUUCGGGAAUCUCGUCCAGGUUCGGCGGAGGCUCGGGUGUUGACGCAGCUGCCGAGACUGAGGUGGCUCGGCAGCUGAGGGCAGUGCGGAAGAAGCUGCAGCAGGUGGAGAUGCUGGAGGAGCGGAGGAGAGGGGGGGGGGUGCUGGAUGCGCAGCAGAGGGCGAAGCUGGCGAGCAAGGCGCAGCUGGAAAAGGUGCUUGCGGUGCUGGAGGGCGGGGGGCCUGCUGCUGCUGCUGUUGCUGCUGCUCGGGCUGCUUCUGCUGCUGGUGCUGGUGCUGGGAAUGUGGUGGCUGGCAGUGGUGUGGAUGGGAGUGUGAGCCGGAGUGCGGCAGUGCAUGAUGAUAGCCCUGCUCGGAGCAGCAAGACCGGUGACGUCAAGGCUGGCAAAGCUGCAGCAGCAGCGAAGGGCGAGAGCGGGAAGAAAGGCGGGAAGGGGCUGUCAGCUGGACAACCAGGGGCCAAAGAAAGGGAGAAGGCGUUGCAUGCAGCGGCAGCCUCUUCGCCAGCAGACAAACCACUUGCUGCUUCCCAACCUCACAUGUCCACACCUGGCUCCUCCGAGCCUGUUGCCAGACCGGACAGUUCCCAUACCGCACCUGGACGCUUGGGAGCCACACUGCCUGCCGCUCUUCCCCCCGGUCUAGCCCUCUUUGCCUCCCCGUCGUUUGGAUCGUCUAAGGAACCUUCCCAGUCAGUGGCAAAGGCAGGCACUGCUGCUGACGCCAGUGCCGACGGGGGCAACAGCAGCAGCGGCGGUGGUGGCAGUGGCGGCAGUGGGAAGAAGGGGGCGAAGAAGAAGGGGCGCAAGGGUGGCCUUUCCCUGUUUCUCGCUGGUGACCUGGAGCGUGUUGCUGCUGCCACUUCUGCCCCAUCUGCUAUGUCUGCUGCUGCGGCGGCUGCGGCUGCUGGUGGCAGCGGGGGGGGAGUGGGGCCUUGUCCCCCGACGUCAGGUGCCAGGCCUGCAUGGGGCAUCACUGCCCGCCAGCCUGCUCCGGCAGCGGCGCCUGAUGCUGCUCCACUGCCUGGUGUGCCCUCACCUGCCCUUUCCCUGCGUGACAUUCAGAGCGAGCAGCAGCAGCAGCACCCCUCCUACCGCCGGCACCACCCUCAGCAGCAGCAGCAGCAGCAGCAGCAGCAAGGCGGGGCUCAGCAACAGGGCAGGCAGGCCGAGCUGCAGGCUACACCCCUCUUUCUCUCUGUCACCCCUGGACGCACCUCUGGACGCGGCACCGCUGCUGCCCUUGGUUCUGGCGCUACGAGCAGCGGAUCCAACACCAUGGCCGGCACAGGUACAGCCAGUGCGGUAGGGAGGAGUGACAGCACAGGCAGCAGCGGCCAGAGGGGGCAGCAGGGGCAGAGGGGGCAGCAGGGGCAGCAGGGCAGUGCACCAGGGCUGCUGGGCUUCGUCUCCGUGCCCCCCUCUCACCGUGCGUCCCCAGGGCAAGCCACACGCGAGAGGGGGAUGCGGGGACCGGGUGCAGUGGGAUUGGGAGGAGGUGCUGAAGGCGUGGUACAGGGAGCGGGGGGAGGGGGGGGAGGUGAGGGUGGCGGAGUGACAGCGGGGAUCAGGGUGUCACUGGGGGAGCUGCUCAAGGCGUCCAGUCAGCACAAGAACCAGCACACAGAUGCUGCUGCUGCUGCUGCUGCUGCUGCUGGUGCUGGUGGCGGGGCGAAGGCUGCAUCCGUGGCACCGUGGGCCAAGGGACGCGCUGGAGAGGGCAGGGUGGGAGAUGAGCCAGGGGCACGAGGCAGCAAGGGGAUGACCAUAGGGAGGGGUUCGGCCAGGGGUGGGCAGGGUGGAAGAGGAGGUGCAGCUCAACCUGUUUCACUUGUGGAAAUUCAGCAGCAACAGGAGCUCUCGCGUCGGCUCUCCCAUCAGCCCGGCUCGUGGGGCAGCCCCUCUGCCGCUCUGCUCGCUGCAUCUCCAUCCCGUGCUGCAACAGCAGCGGGGCCUCUGCUGCCCGCUGCCACUUCUGCCAUCCCUUGCUCCCCAUCCUCCCCCUCCCCCUCACCCUCACCUAGUCGCUUCUCUGGCGGCUCUUCUCCAGCCGUAUCCACCACUCCCUAUGGUUCAGCUUCCGGUAAGCGUGCCUCUGGCAGCAGUGGAAGCACGUAUUCUGGUGUUGGUUUUUCUGCCACCAGUGGUGCUGGCGGGUUUGCGUCGGCUAGCGCUGAAGCAGAGAGUCGGUGGUACAAGGGGAUGGAGGGCGGUGUGCGGGCGUCAUCGCUGCGCAGCAUACAGAUAGAGGAGCAGGCCAUGAGGGAGCUCAAGAGCUACGGGUUUGACAGUGUCCGAGUGGUAAGGGACGGGUGAGAGAAGAGGAAGGGAUACUGAAACAACCCAUUGGUAUGUUUUGUCAUCCGGGCCGUGGUUCCAUAGCGUUACAUAUUUUGCCAUCCAUUUCUGCCUUUUUCUGCAGCAUCACACAGCACGCCUGCCGUGUCACAUGUUUGUACCGUAAUCCCCCAGAUAUAACACCCGCCGGAAUUGAGCCCCCCCUGGUGUUAUAUCCAGGGAGGGUGUACUAUUGAAGAAUCCGCAAUUAUACACCCCCUUUUUGAGGGUUCCAGGAGAGCACCCCCCCUAUUGUGACACGACUUUCAGAGGAGUGUGCAGUGCAGUCGUCAUAGUGCAGUCGUCAUAGCAUUUCAUAUCUCAAUGAUACAGAACACUCAUAGUUAGAAGUACAUGGAUGUUCUACAGG